GGCGGGCGUAGGGAUCCGGGAUGUGAUUUUACCGAAAGUCAGGAAUUAUCAGGUUUUUUUGUGAUCUUUUUUAAUCGCUUUUAAACAUUCCCAACGUGUGAAACUGACACGCGUGACAACAUAUACGUGUGUUUCUUUCUUUGCGUUCUUAGCGAGACUUAUUUUAUAUCGUUUUGAUUUCGGCGAAAAAGCGAGCCUAAAAACUACUGAAUUUCGGAAAACAUGGAGACAAGAAGGGAAGGACCCGACUAAACCAAAGUUUCCAAACAAACGUUUCCAGACAAGAGGGGAAUCGUUCGCUGGAGGAAAAGUUGUGUUGCACAAGUUAGGCUACUUUCAUUUGUUGCUGCUUGAAAACGACGCUUUCUUCCAAACAGAAUUCCUGAAUUGGGAACCACCGCUUGUUGUCCUCCCCAAACAUCAAAGGAUUUAAAAGUUCGGAAGAUUUUGGAGUAGAAAUGUGGCGUUUUUGUAAGUUGGACUAGGUGAAGGAAUUACGAUGAAAGACUGGAUCAUGUGAACGUUUUGAUCAUUCCGUGGAUUGAAUUUUCACUGCUUCCCACAGAUUGAAUUGGCCAGGAUAACGUUGCAUUCUUUUGGAGAAAAACUCCAUUCAGCGUGUAGGGGGCCUAAAGGAGAUAUAUAUUCAUGAAUAUAUAUUUAGUUUACUGACUUAUUUGUUACUAUACCAUUGCUGUUACUGGUUUUCUGUACGUUUUUUACAGUACUGAACAUUCCGCGUAUGGAUCAAGCUUAGUUUAGGAAUGCCCGAAUUGGAAGUGUUUCAGUGGGGGAAUGAUAACGUUAGACAACCGUCGGAACGUACAAAGUAAAAUAUCCGCGGUAUGAACAAUGAGCAUUUGGACUAUCGUGAAAUGCAACCGGAUAAUUUGUUUCAUACCCAAAGCAGCAUAUGAAUAAAUUACUGCUUCGCUGGAUUUAAUUUCACCUCUGGUUGGAUUUACAGAGCGACCAGACGGAGGCAAGGUGAAGCCUGUCGGUAUGUGUGUGGUGGGAUUUUGGCUGGGAAAAUGAUGAAGGGUCUUACUAAAGAGUUACUUUGAAUUGAUCAUCUAUGUGCAAUACGGUCGAGUGUGAAAGACGACUGAAUGUUUGUUUGCAUUUAGCAUCGAUCGCAUUCCCCCGGACUACAAAAACCAAGACGGGCAACCCAAGGAAAUAUAAAACAUAAACUUGUGUGUUUCUAUCUUCAUCUUGUCAUUUACGAGGAUAGGACAUUCCUGUAAACAUAAAGACGAACUAUCAAGGGUUGGAAGUGCUACGCGGUUGUUGUCGUUUUUAUGAUUUUUUUUCUUUGAAACACAAAGGUGUUUUACCACGAUAAAAUGCUAUUUGGAUAAGAGCUGAAGAAAAUCAAGAAAGGAAAGCCCAAUGAGCGGCACACAGUCCACGCUUGCUGAGAGGUUUCCCAAAAAAGCGAGCAGGACAGGAAGUAUUCUCAGUAAGGACCAUCCCCCAGACAAGAAGCCUAAGAGCGACAAGGCAUCAGUCCUCCCCUCGCACGAAUUUGACCCCACAGGGCUUGUGCAGCGUUGUGUUAUCAUCCAGAAAGAUGAGAAUGGCUUUGGGCUGACAGUCAGCGGAGAUAACCCUGUGUUUGUUCAGCUUGUGAAAGAGGAUGGAGCUGCCAUGCGCGCUGGUGUUCAGACUGGUGACCGGAUCAUAAAGGUCAACGGGACAUUAGUAACACAUUCAAAUCAUGUAGAAGUUGUAAAGCUUAUAAAAUCGGGUUCCUAUGUGGCUCUGACGGUGUUGGGGAGACCGCCAGGGCUGCCUCAGAUCCCCCUGUCGGACGGUGAGGGGGAAGAGGGGUCUCUCUCCUCGCUCAACUCCCCUCAUUCCCCAGGACCCACUGGCCCAGACCGUUCCUCUUCAUCCCCCAGCCCAUCAGAGCGCAAAGCCGUCCCGUCUGUAUGGACAAUGACGGAGGAUUACAGCAGGAACCCUACAGCUAAACUACUGAAGGAAAUCCAGGAAACCAAGAAGCACAUCCCACAGCUCCCGGAGCAUCUCAACAAAACCGUCGGACAGGAUGGCUCCUUAUCUCCAAGACCAGGUGAAGGAGUGCUAGAGGAUGGAGGGGGAGAUUUGGAUCGACCCCCUUCCUGGCACGGCGAUCCUGGAACGGAGUCGUCCUGGACCAACAGCACAACAACCCCUGUCACUCUUAGUCCAUUCCCAGAGAGCCCAUGCCAAAGAGAAACCCCCGGCCACAGCCCAAAGACCACACCUCGCGACAGCCUCAACUCCUGCCCUUCACCAGAUGCUGAAGACACGACUGACUUAGACUCUCAGUCAAAUGUGGGAAGCCCCUGCUUGCGUGUGCCCCCCCAAAUCAUCGGUGCUGAGGAUGAUGACUUUGACACAGAGCAUGAACAGAUGAAUGGCCAGUGCAGCUGUUUUCAGAGCAUAGAGCUGCUGAAGUCUCGGCCUGCUCACCUGGCAGCUUUUAUUCAUCAUGUGGUCUCUCAGUUUGACCCUGCACCGCUGUUGUGCUACCUCUACGCUGAACUUUACAAGCAGAGCAGCUCCAAAGAGACACGGCGUAUCCUCAUGGAGACCUUCAUUAUAGAAAAAAAUGCUAGUUUAAAAGUGACAGUACCUGAAUCCAUCAUAGCUGACCUGGAGCGGACCGCACACUCAAAUAACGCGGAACGGAAAAGGCCGGAUCCCAUCUCGGAGGACGUCUAUAGAGAGUACGUCCAGCGCCUGCAGGACACGCUUCUCCCUGACAUCCAGAAACAUCUGGAAGAUUUCAGGCACAAGCGAAGUAUGGGUCUGACGCUGGCCGAAGCGGAGCUGACCCGACUGGACACUGAGAGAAUGAGGGACCGGGUGGCUCUGGAGAAAGAGCGAUCUUGUGCAGAACACAUCAUCCCUAUGAUAGAGCAAGUACUGUUGACGCCACAAGCCACAGAGGAAGAUAAGUGUAGCACUAUUCAGUUUGUCAUACUGUCGUAUAUGAAGCAGUUGGGCGUAAAAGUGAAGCACAAGCCCAAGCUAAUGAAUCUUUUCCCUAAGAUAAAGAGUAUAAAGAGUAUAAAGGUGGAGAAAGACGGAAGCGAGGAGAAACCUAAAAAUAAACGAAUUCAUGUCUUCCUUCCAAGACGACCGAGCAGGACUGAUGCCUUCUUACAGAACAAGGUUCCGGAGCUAAGGCAGCGUCUUCAGAAGCCUCAGCUGCCGUUGGGUGUAGGGGAGCAGGGAGAUGCGUCAUCACCCCCUGUGCGGGGCAGUCAGUCCAGUGAGGGCUCAGAUGGCAUCAAUGCCCCGGUCAUGUCACCUCCUUACAGUGCCCCAGCGACACAGGGCACAGACAGCAACUAUCGAGAGUCUGACACUGGUGCAGUUCCAUCUUCAGCAUUGCCCAGAUUGGGAGAUGGCAUCAAUUCGGCAGACUUGCAGGACUCGUAUCCUGUAACCACUCAUUUUGACUUCAGCCCCUGUACCUUAGAGCAUCUACAGGAGGAGGAGUCUGAGAUAGACAAGACGCAAGACACUGGCACACCCAGGCCUGACAGGAGAAGGAUGGAGCUGUUGGGUUCUGGAGAAGUUCAAAGUGAAGAUGAUCAGGGUGCUGAGGCUGAGCUGGAGCAUCCCAACUGGCAGACGCUGGUGAGCAGAGACGUUCUGUCCACACUCACCCCUCAGGAAAUCAAGAGACAGGAGGUCAUCAACGAGCUGUUUUACACUGAGAGAGCACAUGUUAGGAUGCUGAAGGUUCUGGAUAACGUCUUUUAUCAGCCGCUGAAUAGAGAGACCAUCCUUCCUCCAGCAGACAUUAAAAACAUCUUCACCAAUCUCGAGGAGAUCGUACAGUUUCACGUGUCAUUAACUGAACAAAUGACAGCCGUUCGAAAGAAGAAUGAGGCAGCCGUCAUUGACUCGAUAGGAGAUGAACUGCUGUCCUGGUUCAGUGGGGAGGAGGAGGAGAAGAUCAAGAGAGCAGCCGGCACAUAUUGCAGCAAUCAACCGUUUGCCCUGGAGCUCAUCAAAAGCAAACAGAAGAAAGACCAACGCUUCAACUCUUUCAUACAGGAGGCAGAGAGUAACCGGCAUUGCCGGAGGUUGCAGUUGAAGGACAUCAUUCCAGUGGAGACACAGAGACUUACAAAGUAUCCGCUUCUGCUGGAGAACAUCGCCAGAUACACAGAGGACCCAGAGGAGAGAAGUAAAGUGAAACAUGCUGGCGAUUGCUGUCGAAAGAUUCUCAGUCACGUCAACCAGGAGGUGAAAGAAGCCGAAAACAAACAGAGGUUGGAGGACUACCAGAGGCGUUUGGACCUGUCCUCACUGAAGCAGAGCGAGAACCCCAUGAUCGCUGAGUUUAAGAGCCUGGACUUGACUAAGAGAAAGAUGGUGCAUGAAGGACCUCUAUCCUGGAAAGUCAACAAAGACAAAACUAUUGAGCUAUACACGCUGUUGCUGGAGGAUAUCUUGGUGCUACUUCAAAGGCAAGAUGAGAAGUUGAUCUUAAAGUGUCACAGCAAGAAUCUGGCAGGCACAGCAGAGACCAAACACAUCUUCAGCCCCAUCAUCAAACUCAGCACUGUGAUGGUGCGCUCAGUCGCCACCGAUAACAGGUCGUUCUUUGUGCUGUCUAUGUCUAAUAAUGAAGCCCAGAUCUACGAGCUGAUGGCUCAGACCGUAUCUGAGCAGAGGACGUGGCAGUGUCAAAUCACACAUCGAGCCGAUUGCAUGAAGACCAAAUUGCACAGCAUCAUUCCAUUACCUCAGACCGAUGGUGAACGUGAAGAAGUUGAGUUGAUUAAUUCUGGUGUUCAGAAACUCAACAAAGACUCCGAGCCCAUUCCUUUGGGGAAUAUCCAGCCUCCAGAAAAAGAAAGCACUGAGGUCACGCAAACCCCUCCAGCGAGCACCAACCCGUUCGAGACCAAAUCCGAUGAGGAAGAGGAGGAAGAAAGCUCAUUACAAGAUCAGGGUGAAGGUGAAGAUGAUGAAGCAUUCGUGGUGGCUGAUCUGAAUGACAGACUUAUGUUUCUGAAGCAACGCUCCAGGCAAGGCAUCGCCAUAGAUGAGGAUGAGGCCGAGGCCUUCGAACUUCAGCCACUCCGAGCUGAUGAAGCUCUCAGAACAUUGGCGGCACUGAGACAGCUGCUGAUCAGGCACAUUUCCAAUCAGGAGGACCCAGACAGAGAUAUCGAGAAAAGACAGGCACAGGAGGACGGACAGAGGACGAAUUCUCGGCAGGGGCCAGAGGACAGCACUGCAAUUGGGUCCUUGGUUGAGAAUGGCUCAGAGAGAGACGAGACAAGACGACAGAACCCUCCAGAACCGCCUCCUGGAGACACGGGGUUCUUUGAGACGUCCGAGGAUUGCGGUAGUUACAUGGUGCUGGAGGGUUACGGAGGUUCGGUUGAAAGCUGCACAGAUGAUGAUGUGCAUGGCAGUAAUGGUGAGCCAGUGGCUGGAGGAGACUCUGGCAUUGACUUGAAGAAGCUCCUCUCUUCUUCAUCCCAGAGCAGCAAAGGACCACACAUCAACAGACAGAUCAUGACUCACAUACGUCUACUGCACGCCAACCUGCAGCACCUGAAGGAUAUAGAAAUUAAGUAUAACCUAGUACGCCAAAGGCUAUCAGAGGAAACAGCUACUGACACAGAAGAAAACAAAGAUAAAAGUUAGUGAAUUGGAGCUAUUUUCUUUUUAUUGAGGCUGCAAGAGACACAAAGACACUGGUAGGGCUGCACCGCGGUCCUCACGCUUCAGUGACGUCCUCACAACAACUGAUGCUGUACACCAGCAAUGCACAGACAGAACUGGAGUUUGCAUUCACACCACAUGGAUUCUUACAGGAUGAGCUCAGAUCUCUGUCCAUAUGCAUGCAAGCGAGAUGUUUCGUGGAAAGUUUGCCACGUUAGAAAGUUUCAUCGCCUCUCACUCAACCAACCACAUGUGAGGUUAACCAUCGGUAGGAGAAUUAUUGAACUAUCCGCACCUUGCUGAAGCUAAACCAAAGAUCUGACAAACUUCUGCAUUCCCUGCAUGAAAUUUAGAGAUCACGGUCAUUUGUUCUGAUCGGAAAUAAUUGGAAUUAAAUAAUGGUUUAGCAUAAUCUCGCCUUAAGGAAAGCACAGCAGGUCGUUUUGGACCGAUUUCCAGAUGGUAAGUAGCAUGUGGUGUUAGGAUUUAAACAAAUAUCCACAUCAGUGAGUGGCAUUGAAACUCUUAGAUGAAGCUCGGACAAUGUGUGGAGAAUACUAACUUGAUCACGAGCUUUCUUAACAUCGGAUUGGUUGAAAUGUUUCAUUUUAUGGAAGCACGUGACAUGUGAAGUGGUGGGUGUAACGCUAGUAUCUAGUAUUGAGACACAUCAUAAUAAAUGAGGAUGGGCUGAUGAUUGUUGUGCUCUCACUCUCUCUCCUCAUGCUUUCUCGCUAAAGUCUAUUUAAUAAAGCUACUGAAAAUGUUUUCUCUGGUUUAGGCCCUUGAGAAAACCAGACCUGUAAUGUCGUCGGGUUGGGCCGGCGUUGCUCGUAUCCGGCAGCUCGGCCCAACCGCUCUUUCACGUUUUCUUGAGACGCUUCAUCGCAGGAACUUGAUAGAGACCCGUAAAGGUCCACUUUAAAUGUAAUGUAAUGUAAUGUAUUGUAUUAUGACCAACACUGCAUCUCUUUAUAGAGACCCGAUUGUUUGUUUUUUCAUCUUUUGCUUUCUAAAGCGUUCAGUCAUGUAUUAUUUUAACAGAAACUACUAAAAAAGAAGAAAAAAGACUGCAAGGUAUCCUUUAAUAUUAAUGUAAUCUGUAUUUUUAUUAUUCUGUCUAGACAUUUGAGGUAUUUUAUUAUAUUAUAUUGAGCAUUAUUAUUAUGGUCUUGGCAUUCCGUUGAGAACAUUAAUAGACAAGAUUUUAUUAAAUUUGACUGAAAUUAUGUAUUGUUUAAAAUGGAAAGAUGAUAUUGCACAUUGUGUCUUCAUUUUAUCACAUUUACCUUUUGAGGAUUGUUUUGUUUCGGAUUAUGACCAAAAAGGAAAAUACACAAGUUCAUUUGUAGCAAAUUUAUUCAAUAAACUGGAAACACAA